AUGGCAAUUCAGUAUUAUGAAAACGUAUUCGAAAUUGAAAGAAAUCGAGGAUAUCAACUAGAUGAACCAGACGCAUAUUUUGAUUCAGGAGAUGCUUAUAGAUUAAACAAUCAGAUUCAAACGGCAAUUCAACAUUAUAAAAAAGCCUUAGAAAUUGCAAAAAACCGAGGGUAUAAACAAAGGGAAGCAAACGCAUAUCUUGAGUUAGGAUAUGCUUAUAGAUUCAAUAAUCAGAUACAAAUGGCAAUUCAGCACUACGAAAAAGCCUUGGAAAUUGCAACAGAACGAGGAUACAAACAAGAGGAAACAAACGCAUAUCUUGGGUUAGGAGAUUCUUACAGGUUGAACAAUAAGAUUCAAACGACAUCGACCUUACGCACGAGCACAGAAAUUCUGCAAAGAGAAUCUCGUCGUCACAAACACCAG